CAUAAACCUGCAUGCAAACAAAGCAAACCAAAGAAGCAAACAUGGCUUUGUUCUCUCAUUUACUUCUUCAUUUUGCCUUAUUAAUGAUCUUUAUCCAUUUCAACAACCUUUUAGUUGGUGUAUCAUCAACCACUCUAAGCAUUACCACAGACAAAGAAGCCUUAAUCUUAUUAAAAUCUCAGUUAAGCAAUAAUAACACUUCUCCUCCCCCAUUAUCCUCUUGGAUCCAUAAUUCAUCUCCUUGCAAUUGGACUGGUGUCCUAUGUGACAAGCAUAACCAAAGAGUGACUAGCUUGGACCUUUCAGGCUUCGGACUCUCAGGUAACUUAAGCCCUUAUAUAGGUAACAUGUCCUCUCUUCAGUCCCUUCAAUUGCAGGAUAACCAGUUCACAGGAUUCAUUCCUGAGCAAAUUACCAAUCUCUAUAAUUUGAGAGUUCUAAAUAUGAGUUCCAACAGAUUUGAAGGAAUCAUGUUUCCUUCAAAUCUUACCAAUUUAGAUGAGCUUCAAAUUCUUGAUUUGUCAUCAAACAAGAUUGUAAGCAGAAUUCCUGAACACAUCAGCAGCUUGAAAAUGCUGCAGGUCUUAAAACUUGGAAAGAAUAGCUUCUAUGGUACAAUUCCACAAUCUCUAGGAAAUAUUUCUACUCUAAAAAAUAUUAGUUUUGGCACAAACUCUCUUAGUGGCUGGAUUCCUAGUGACUUAGGUAGGUUACAUAAUUUAAUUGAGCUUGAUCUCACUCUUAAUAAUCUUACUGGAACUGUUCCACCUGUUAUAUAUAAUUUGUCUUCCCUUGUUAACUUGGCCUUAGCUGCAAAUUCCUUCUGGGGUGAGAUUCCUUAUGAUGUUGGUCAUUUACUUCCAAAACUACUAGUUUUCAAUUUUUGUUUCAAUAAGUUCACAGGUAGGAUUCCAGGGUCUUUACAUAACCUAACAAACAUUAGGGUUAUUCGUAUGGCCUCUAACCAUUUGGAAGGAAUAGUUCCACCUGGUUUAGGAAAUCUCCCAUUUCUUCACAUGUAUAAUAUUGGCUAUAACAGGAUAGUCACCACAGGAGUCAAUGGUCUGGAUUUCAUUACUUCAUUGACAAACAGUACUCACUUGAACUUUCUCGCAAUUGAUGGAAACAUGCUCAAAGGUGUUAUUCCUGAAACCAUUGGAAAUCUCUCCAAGGAACUCUCAAUAUUAUACAUGGGAGAGAAUCGUUUCAAUGGAAGUAUACCUUCGUCUAUUUCUCGUCUUAGUGGCUUGAAGUUGUUAAACUUGAGCUACAAUUCAAUUAGUGGAGAUAUUCCAAAGGAGUUAGGUCAGUUAGACGAACUACAAGGGCUGUAUCUGGAUGGAAAUAAGAUAUCAGGAGAUAUUCCAAACUCUCUUGGUAAUCUUAUAAAGUUAAACAAGAUUGAUUUGUCAAGAAAUGAACUUGUAGGUAGAAUACCAGUUAGUUUUGGUAAUUUUCAAAACCUGCUCUACAUGGACUUAUCUAGCAAUAAGCUCAAUGGAAGCAUACCUGUGGAAAUCCUCAAUAUACCAACUUUGAGCAAUGUAUUAAACUUAUCAAAGAACUUGUUGAGUGGACCAAUACCUGAAGUUGGGCAAUUGACAACCAUUUCCACCAUUGACUUUUCCAACAACCAAUUGUAUGGAAACAUCCCCAGCUCAUUCAGCAACUGUUUGAGCUUGGAGAAAAUGUUUUUGUCCCAGAAUAUGCUUUCAGGUUACAUUCCAAAAGCUCUUGGAGAUGUGAAAGGCUUGGAAACUUUGGACUUGUCCUCCAACCUACUCUCAGGACCCAUUCCUAUUGAGCUUCAAAAUUUGCAUGUCCUUCAACUUUUAAACAUCUCUUACAAUGAUUUAGAAGGAGAGAUUCCUAGUGGUGGAGUUUUUCAAAAUGUCUCUAAUGUCCACUUAGAAGGCAACAAAAAACUAUGCUUGCAUUUUGCAUGUGUGCCUCAAGUUCAUAAAAGAUCAAGUGUUAGAUUUUAUAUCAUCAUAGCUAUUGUGGUAACAUUGGUACUAUGUCUCACAAUUGGUUUGCUACUAUACAUGAAGUAUACAAAGGUGAAGGUGACAGAAACAUCAACAUUUGGACAGCUAAAGCCACAGGCUCCAACGGUCUCUUACGAUGAGCUUCGCUUGGCAACUGAAGAGUUCAGCCAAGAAAAUUUAAUAGGAAUUGGGAGUUUUGGAAAAGUGUAUAAAGGCCAUUUACGUCAGGGAAAUAGUACUGUUGCAGUGAAAGUGCUUGAUACUUCAAGAACAGGUUUUUUAAAGAGUUUCUUUGCAGAGUGUGAGGCUAUGAAGAAUUCAAGGCAUAGAAAUCUGGUUAAGCUAAUCACAUCAUGCUCUAGUGUUGAUUUUAGAAACAAUGAUUUUCUGGCUUUGGUGUAUGAGUAUUUAAGUAAAGGGAGCUUGGAAGAUUGGAUUAAAGGGAGGAGAAAUCAUGCAAAUGGAAAUGGUUUGAAUCUUAUGGAGAGACUGAAUAUAGUUAUUGAUGUUGCUCUUGCAUUAGAUUACCUGCACAAUGAUAGUGAAACUCCUAUUGUGCACUGUGAUCUAAAGCCAAGUAAUAUUCUCCUGGAUGAAGAUAUGACUGCAAAGGUUGGAGACUUUGGUUUGGCUAGGUUGCUGAUUCAAAAAUCAACUAGUCAAGUUUCCAUCAGCUCUACUCAUGUUCUUAGAGGUUCAAUUGGUUACAUACCUCCAGAGUAUGGAUGGGGAGAGAAACCUUCAGCAGCAGGGGAUGUAUAUAGUUUUGGGAUAGUGUUGCUUGAACUUUUCUGUGGGAAAAGUCCACAAGAUGAUUGCUUCACUGGAGGCCAGGGCAUAACAAAGUGGGUACAAUCAGCAUUCAAAAACAAGACUGCACAAGUCAUUGACCCUCAGCUGCUAUCUCUCAUUUUUCAUGAUGAUUCUGCUAGAGACUCUGAUUUACAACUUCGUUGUGUGGAUGCAAUUAUGGGAGUUGGACUGUCCUGCACUGCUGACAAUCCAGAUGAACGAAUUGGCAUAAGAGUUGCGGUUCGCCAACUAAUAGCUGCUAGCCAACUAAAAUCUUCUAGGGACUCUUCUGAAAAAAUCUGAUAUUAAGAGUCCUGCUAGUCCUACUCUUAUUAAGAGUCCUACUAAAAGCUAUUGGAUAUAAAUAAUGCAAGAGUUCAAAUUUUAAGGUCAGGGGUUGAAAUAUAGGCAAAUAAUGUAUAAUAGACCAAAUAAAUAACCUUGACAUUAUUUAUAUAUGGUAAAUAUUGAUAUGCAUUUCUACCA